AUGGGAAAUCUUUCUAUUGAAAUCGUUGUUUUACUUCUUGCAAUUUCGACAAUUACAAGUCACACUGAUACAACCAAUAAACGGCCAAUAUCUGCUAAAAAUGUUGGUUGUCGUCGAUGUCAAAAACCAAAUAUUGACCAACCAUUAUGCUUUUGUGGGAAAAAUAACGUAAUGUUUAAUUGUCUUAAAGGAGAUCGUUGUAUCAAUGGAGAAGUGGUUCCAAGAGGAAGUCAACCGAGUAAUAUAUCAAAACUCAUUGGCCUUCGAUUAUCAACAAAACGAAUUCAUCAAUCUACUCGUGAUGAUAAAAAUAAUACUCAAUGCAUAGGACUUCGAUUUAAACGAAGACCGGAUGAAAUCAAUGGAGUAUAUGUACCACUUCGAAGUGUAUCGGUUGAAGCUUGGAUUGAUUCUUUUGCUGCCGACGUCACUUUGACCCAAGUCUUUGUUAAUCAAGAGAAAAAUGCUAUUGAAGCAGUUUAUGUAUUUCCUAUUGAGGUUAAUGUAGGUGCUUUAGCACCUGGAAAAGAAUGUCGCGUCAUCAUUAAAUAUGUAACUGAAUUAGAUUUAAUUGAUGGAAAUUCUAUUCGAUUUGUUGUUCCUACUACUAUCGCUCCACGAUAUAAUCCAUCGCUGGGUCAUCUACAAUCUCCUGAUGGCACACAAGCUAAAUAUGUUCAAAAGACUCCCUAUUCAAUGAAGUUUAAAGCACAUGUUCUUCGAGGUGAAGAAUAUCCAAUUCGACAAGUAGCUAAUCUUUCACAUCCAGUAAAUGUUACUAUAUCAUCUAAAUCAAUUGAUGUUUCUUCAAUGGCAAUUGCUCUUGAUCGUGAUAUUAUUCUGGAUAUUGAUUUACCCGAUAAUCGACCGUCGACACGUGUUGCUAUCGAACAAUAUAAUGAUUCUUCAAACUAUGCAGUUCUUUUAGCAUUUACUCCACGUCUUUCUGAUUUCAUUAAAAUUUCUGGUGGGAAAGAUGAGCUUAAUACUGAAUUUAUUUUUAUUGUGGAUUGUUCAGGUUCAAUGUCAGGAGAAGAUGGUAUUGAUCUUGCACGAGAAGCUAUGCUUCUCUUCAUACGUAGUUUACCAGUGGGCUCUCAUUUUAAUAUCAUUCGUUUUGGAUCGAAAUUUGAUAUUCUUUUCAAAAAUGAGACUUUGACAACUGUCUAUGAUGAAAAAACUGCUGAAGAAGCUCAAAAUCUUACACGUUUAAUGGAAGCCGAUUUUGGUGGAACAGAAUUAUUGGAACCUUUGAAGCAUUUGAAAAAUCAUCCACCAACUAAGGGUCGGUCAAGACAAAUCUUUUUGUUGACAGAUGGAGAAAUUUCAAAUACAAAUGAAGUGAUUGAACUAUGUCGUUCGAUGUCUUCAAAUACAAGAAUAUUUUCUUUUGGUCUUGGUCAUUCGCCAUCUCGUUCUCUAGUUAAAGGUCUUGCUCGUGCAACCAAUGGUUAUUUUGUUUUUGUUCCUCCAAAAUCGAAAGUAGAUGUAUACGUUGGUAGUCAACUUGGUCGAGCUCUUCAACCUUCAUUAGUAAAUGCUCGACUCGAAUGGCAUGGAUUAUCUACAAAUGUAUUGCAAGCGCCGAAAACGAUUCCACCUCUUUAUAUAAAUGAUCGUGUCUUAGUUUAUGAACUAUUAGAAGGCGAUCAGUUGAAAACACAAAAUAUCAGUGUAGAUCUCAUUAUUGGAGACCAUAAAAUUAAUUCGAUUAAGUUAUUCAGUAAUAAAGCACAAAAGAGAGAUAUCAUACGUCGAUUAGCAGCUAAAGCUUUAAUACAAGAAUUACAACAUGAAAAAUCCAACACACGAAAUUCAGAAUACAAACUGAACAAACAACCAGUCAGACAUUCGUGGAACUAUGAAGAUACCGCAUACGAUUUAGAACUUGAUUCAGAACUUGAUUCAGAACUCGAUUCUACCACUACCAUCACCGAAUUAUUGUUUAAUGAUCCUGUUCGCUGGUUAAUUGGUCAGCAAUCAUUCAAUGGAGCGUGGUUAUUAGAAAAAGAAAGCAUUGAAAAGUUAACCAAUGGCAAAUCGUUAAGCGCAUUUCAAUCUAAUAUAACUCAAUCUAAGGACGCUUUAACAACAGCACUAGCAAUCGCUGUACUUGAGUUGAAAUAUGCCGAUCAAAAGAAUCUUUGGUAUGGAAUAGUCGAAAAAGGACGCAAACAUCUCUAUGUUUACGGCCUAAGCAACAACCAAGUUAAUACACUUAUCAAUGAAAUUAAGAACAAAUUAUAA